AUGCCGACACCUUUCUUCCUGCUUGUUUUCCCCCUCAUCGUGCUCUCCUCGUACGACGAAGAUCUCAUAAUCGAACGUCGGCCUCACCACGUGGAUUGGGAGGAUCUGUUCAUGGAGUACAAUCGGUACAGCGCUCCGAAUCGUGUCCGACAAGAAGUGAACGUCACGAUCGAAGUGGUCGAUGUCCGCGAGGAGAGAGUCAUUUUCGAGAUGAACCAGAACUGGAGGGACGAACGAUUGCGAUUUGUGGGCGUGGCCAGAGUUCCGGUAAAGUUCAGAAUUGAGAAUGGAGGGAUUAUGGAAGAGAUUGCAGGUUCCGUCGCACAUCCAACCAUGGUACCCGGACACGUACAUCAGAAACGGAUGGGAUGUAGUUGUGGAGCAGAAAGUUUGGAUCUUAACUACGACGGUACAUUCCUGCUCAGACAGAAGUAUCAGGCGACUGUCAGUUCCGACGAGGCGACGAAGGUGAGUACAACUUUCUAUGUCAAAUUGAUAAUAACAGUGUUCCAGGACCUCUCACUGGUCAUCAGUUCGUUCAACAACUACGGUACUGACCGUAUCCACUUCAACCUGAUCGCCUCGAAAGUCGACCUUCCCUCCCACUCGCAUAUCACUUCAAAACUUUCCGUCCGCAAGUUCGACGACCUCCGCUUCGACGAUCUCGAGAUCACGGUCCAUUCCAGUCCGCUCGCUGCUGCGAUCAUCUCCAACUCCACUUACUGA